AUGGCCGCCACCGCCGACGCUGUCAAGCAGCAAUCGAUCCUGCCCACUCUGAUCCCCCACCUCGACCGCCAUCUCGUCUUCCCUCUGCUGCAAUUCCUCGAGGACCAGGAAGAUGUCGACGAGCCUUCGCUCGAGCACACCAAGCUCAAGUUUGAGCUGCUCAAGCACACCAACAUGACCGACUUUGUCGGCGACCUGUUCGCCAAGAUCAACAACCUGGACGAGCGCCCGGAGGAGUACGUUCAAAAGCGCGACGAGGUUCUCAAGAAGCGCGAGCAGCUGCAGGACGAGUGCUCCAAGAUCCAGGACCUGCUGGCCGAUACCGAAGUCAUCAACAACCUGCGCUCCGACAAGGUCCAGAACUUGAACUACCUCAAGGAGAACCACGGCGUGACCGACCAGAUGGUCGACGCUUUGUACGAGUUUGGCCAGUUCCAGUACAGCUGCGGUGAUUACAACAGCGCCUCUGAGCUGCUUUACCAGUUCCGCAUUCUUAGCACCGACAACGACAAGGUCUCGGCAGCAACAUGGGGUAAACUCGCCUCGGACAUUCUUACCACCAACUGGGAGUCCGCCAUGGAGGAGGUGCAAAAGGUCCGCGAGAACAUCGACACACGCCUGUUCAGCAACCCUUUGGCCCAACUCGAGCACCGUAGCUGGUUGAUUCACUGGUCGCUCUUCCCCUUCUUCAACUACGAGCCCGCCCGCGACCAGCUCACCGACCUCUUCUUCUCCCCCACAUACAUCAACACCAUCCAGACCGCCUGCCCCUGGAUUCUGCGCUACCUCGCUGCUGCUGUCAUCACCAACCGCAACCGCCCCGCUGGUAAGAACGGCCAGAACUCGUACCAGAAGCAGCUCAAGGACUUGAUCCGCAUCGUCAGACAAGAGACCUACGAGUACAGCGACCCCGUCUGCGAGUUCGUCAAGGCUCUCUACGUCGACUUUGACUUUGAGGAGGCCCAGAAGAAGCUCGGCGAGGCCGACGAGAUCCUGCGCAGCGACUUCUUCCUUGUCGCUACCAGCGAAGCUUUCAAGGAUGCCGCCAGACAUCUCAUUUCAGAGUCAUACUGCAAGAUUCACCAGAGAAUAGACAUCAAGGACCUUUCCAAACGUCUUGGCUUGUCCGAGGAUGAGGGUGAGAAGUGGAUCGUCAACCUGAUCCGUGACACUCGUGUCGACGCAAAGAUUGACUACAAGGAGGGCACCGUCGUUAUGAACCACCCACCACAGUCAGUGUACCAACAGGUCAUUGAGAGAACCAAGGGCGGUUUCUUCCGCACUCAGGUCCUGAGCGCUGCCGUUGCCAGGUAA